CAGAAACUUUAGGACAUUAUCACCUUGACGACCAAUUUGAAAGUUGCCACAACAAUUCAACAACAAGAAUAAAGAUUUAGGUUUUAAAUUGUUGUUUAUUUAUUGUUGACCAAUGUGGAGGGAACGAGUCACGUCUGUCUCAGAACAUAUUUUCCCAGGGCUUUCUAUUUACAAAAACGUCGAACAUGAAAACUGGAGAAAACUGGGAUCAGAAGUCUUGUCUCAUUUUCCGUUGCAGAUAACUCUUUAUUUUAAUGUUAUAUUCUUCCCCUUUUGGGUGAUUGUCAUGUUGGCAAUGUUGCCUUUAAAGUACAGCAAAUUAAGUGGCCUAUUCCAGUUCUUACUUGUGCUUACGUUGGCGUCCAGCAUUGUCAUUGAAUUUGUUAGACUUUACAUGGGAUUCAUAGGAAAUCUAAAAGAAAAAAUUCCAGAGAUCGCAAGUUUUUGGCUUAUAUCAGUUCUUCUUCAGACACCGCUGCAGUUUUUUCUCCUUCUCUGCUUUAAACUGAAUCCAUCAAUACUAGAAACGAUAAUGCAGUGCAUAAUGUGCAUUUUUCUUAUCACUCAACUUAUAUUCGGGUUUUUAGCAUUGAGAAGGUCAGCUAAACAGUCAGCCAAAGCUUUUCAUCUUUCGAACUUCCAGUACAUUGAUACGAUGGCCGAAUACAAAUGAUUUUUUCUUUA